GCGGCGGAGGCAGCGCCGGUGGCCGCGGGGACCGGGGCUCGGCGACACCGGGGCUCGGCGACACCGGCGGCACCGGCGGCACCGGCCGAGCAUCCCCCGGGGCGAUGGAGCCGCCGCGGAGCCUCCCGGGGCUGGAGCGGGAGCGGCCGGCGCUGGACGCGGCCGGGGGGUGCCCGUCCCCGCUGGACGCCAGGGCCGUGCCCGGCAGGAAGGUCUGGGUCAAGCUGCGGGCGCUGCUCCGUUUCCUGGUCAAGCAGCUCGAGGCGGGCGAGGUGAGCGUGGAGGAGCUGAAGCGCAAUCUGGAGUACGCGGCCUCGCUGCUCGAGGCCGUCUGCAUCGACGAGACCAGGCAGGUGCUGGACACGGAGGACGAGCUGCGGGCCAUGGGCUCGGACGCGGCCGUGCCCUCCGAGGUGCGGGACUGGCUCGCCGCCACCUUCACGCAGCAGGCGCGGGCCAAGGGCCGCCGGGCCGAGGAGAAACCCAAAUUCCGCAGCAUCGUGCACGCCGUGCAGGCCGGCAUCUUCGUGGAGAGGAUGUUCCGCCGGACAUACACGGCCGUGGGGCCGAGCUACUCCUCCUCCGUCCUCAACUGCCUGAAGGGGCUGGACCAGUGGUGCUUUGACGUGUUCUCGCUGCACCGUGCGGCCGAGGAGCACUCGCUGCGCACGGUGGUGUUCGAGCUCUUCACCCGCCACAACCUCAACAGCCGCUUCAAGAUCCCCGGCGCGUUCCUGACGUCGCUGCUCGAGGCUCUGGAGGGUGGCUACGGAAAGUUCCGGAACCCCUACCACAACCAGGUGCACGCGGCCGACGUCACCCAGACCGUGCACUGCUUCCUGCUGCGCACCGGCAUGCUGCACUGCCUGUCUGAGAUUGAGCUCCUGGCCAUCGUCUUUGCCGCCGCCAUCCACGACUUCGAGCACACGGGGACAACGAACAGCUUCCACAUCCAGACCAAGUCGGACACCGCCAUCCUGUACAACGACCGCUCGGUGCUGGAGAACCACCACAUCAGCGCCGUGUUCCGCCUGAUGCAGGACGAGGAGCUCAACAUCUUCGUCAACCUCACCAAGGACGAGUUCGCCGAGCUGCGGGCGCUGGUCAUCGAGAUGGUCCUGGCCACCGACAUGUCCUGCCACUUCCAGCAGGUCAAGUCCAUGAAGACGGCGCUGCAGCAGCUGGAGAGGCUGGACAAGUCCAAGGUGCUGUCGCUGCUGCUGCACGCGGCCGACAUCAGCCACCCCACCAAGCAGUGGGCGGUGCACAGCCGCUGGACCAAGGCCCUCAUGGAGGAGUUCUUCCGGCAGGGGGACAAGGAGGCCGAGCUGGGGCUGCCCUUCUCGCCCCUCUGCGACCGCACCUCCACGCUGGUGGCCCAGUCACAGAUCGGGUUCAUCGACUUCAUCGUGGAGCCGACGUUCUCGGUGCUCACCGACGUGGCCGAGAAGUUGGUGACGCCGCCGGCCGAGGACGGCUCCAAGGCCAAGGGCAACCCCACAGCCACCCAGCAGCCCAGCUCGCAGUGGCGGCAGCCGUCCCUGGAUGAGCACCUGGAGGACAUCAAAGCCGACCUGGCCGGGUUCCGCUCCACCUGGACCAAGCACAUCCAGGAGAACAAGCAGAAGUGGAAGGAGAGGGCGGCCAGCGGCAUCACCAACCAGGCGUCCAUCGAUGAGCUGUCCCCGUGCGAGGAGCCCGCGGCCACCGGGACCCACAGCGAGAACGGGGACGUGGAAUAGCGGGGGGAGGAGCCAGCAGGUCCCUGUCCAGCUGAGUGACACCGUCUCGUCUUCGAUGUCAUCGAGUUCAGAACCAUCUGUGCCAGGAGGCCCCGGGGCCGGGCUCGGAUCGGUGUCACCCCCGUGCCAGGAUUGGUGUCACCACCGCGCCAGGCCAGGACCGGUGUCACCGCCAUGCCAGGCCCGGUGUCACCACUGUGCCAGGACCGGUGUCACCCCCAUGCCAGGACCGGUGUCACCACCAUGCCAGGAUUGGUGUCACCACCAUGCCAGGAUUGGUGUCACCACCAUGCCAGGAUUGGUGUCACCAUUGUGCCAGGACCGGUGUCACCACCAUGCCAGGAUUGGUGUCACCUCUGUGCCAGGACCGGUGUCACCGCCGUGCCAGGAGCCCCCCGGGCUGUCCCCUCUGUCCCGGUGUCACCGGUCCCUCACUGCCACCCCCGGGCCCCGCCGGGCUCGGUCCUUUGGGAUUUUUAAAAACGCUUUUCCUGCUCGGGAGGGGCUGGGGUGGGGACGGUGGCACUGGGGACAGCCAGGGAGGACACUCUGGGGACAGCCGGGGGGGACACUCUGUCACUGUCAGGGCCACCGCGCUCCCCUUGGUGUGGUGGUGACAACGCGAGGGUGGCACUGUGCCCUGUCCCCAUCCCACCUGGGGACCGGGACAAGGACAGGGACAGGGAGAUCCCCGCGGGGUCCCACCUGGCCUGGCGCGGGUGGCAGUGGGGACAGGGAGUGGCAGGGACAGGGACGACACGCCGGGAAUGUUCCGGAAUGUUCCGGAAUGCUCCCACACCCCGGUCCAGCCGCCCCCUCCAGCUCCAGCGAGCCUCGGGAACCCCGGAAUGUUUGGGGGAUCCCGAAAUCUUUGGGGAAUCCCAGAAUGUUUGGGGGAUCCCAAAAUCUUUGGGGAAUCCCAGAAUGUUUGGGGGAUCCUGGGAUGUUUGGGGCACUCUUGGGAAUCCCGGAAUGUUUGGGGAAUCCAUGGAUCCAACCUCGGGAAUGUUCCAGGAUCCCAAAUCCAGCCUUGGGAUCUCCCUGGAUCCAGCCUCAGGAAUGUUCCAGAAUUGUGGAUCCAGCCCUGGGAAUGUCCCAAGAUUCUGAAUCCAGGCUUGGGAAUGUUCCAGGAUCCCAAAGCGAGCUUCAGGAAUGUUCCAGAAUCCUGGAUCCAGCCCCAGGAAUGUUCCAGAACCCCGGAUCUGGGAAUGUUCCAGAACCCCGGACCCGCUGCCCCCCGAGCG